AUGGAUAUUGCGGCAAGCUACCAAAAGAAAUUCACGCGCCGCAUACUUUUCGAGGGCGCACAUUGUGUCGAAGCCGAACAACUUGAAGGAAUCCGCGCUUCCGACCCUGAGAUAUCCGCAAAUCCAUCCAAAGGUACCCUCAUCCACCAAAAACCGAACAGUACCACUAAUGACGGAUGCUCAGAACGCGGCAAAACUGCUAGUGACGAUGGAGGGGAACGUAACGAAUACGCCGAAAAAGAAACAGAGGGAAUCUGUGCAUGCGGGCCCGAGAUAUUCACAAGGUUGUCAGAAAGUGCCUCUAACCACGAAAACAGGCGUAUCUCGACAACGGCCGCACGGAACUUGACAAAAGAGGCAUCCCCAGAAAGGGCUAUGCAAGGGGGAUGGACUGCCGGAAACGCGAGAGGAACGGCGCUCGGAUGCGCAAGAUAUGACGAGAGAACCUCAAGAGCGGGGAGGAGAGCGGUUCGCACGGCGAUGGCAGGGACGAUCAACACAAAACUCCGGGAGAACACAGGCAGGGGGCUCCUAGGCGAUUACGUUGAAAGAGGAACCGCUACGAUCGGGACACCCGAUCCCGACUUAUGCGUGAAAUUGCAACCCUGCCCUCCAAGCAAGAGAACGGUCAUAUCUUCACAACGGCUAGGGGGAACUGGACAAACGAAGCAUCCCUGGAAAGGGAUUCAGCAAGGGGGACCUGUGACCGGAAAAAGCGAGAGAAACGGCGCAGAAUCGCGCGAGAUACACCAGAAGACUUCAACCGCUGAGCGCACCGGAACGUUCCUGGGAUCCCUAGAAAGCGCUCGUCAAGUAGUACAAGGCUGCGGGAAAGCGAGAGGCGCGGCGGAGAAACGAGCAAGAUAUGGCCUUGACACGACGGGUGUUGCUCGGCUUGGAACGGGGAUGAUGGUGGCGAACUGCUACGAGGACACGAGUGCGACGGAGCGCGAGAGCAUGUCAUUGGUACUGCGAGGGAGUGUGCUGACAGACCCAACUGGACGGCGUAUGGGCGACGGACUGCGAGUGCGCAUAGCCAGUGGUGUGACCUCCCGAAUCUGUGCAUUCGACGGCUUGAAGCGAGGGCGGGACGGCGAUGGGUUGCUAGGUGGCUCAUCCGGUACUACAAGGGCAGGCUCCUCUUUUGACAGCACAACGGCCUUGGCUGACUGUUGUAUCUGUAACAUCGGGAAAGAUCAUCUCCUUACGGGAUUGACGAGCGAAGUAGAGGGCGCUAUCGACGGCAACCCGAAGAGGGAUCUCAAGGGAAAGCUGAGAAAUGGCGCCGAGCGUCUUGUCGCAAAACGUGCUCCGCUCGGCGUGGGGACCAUAGUGAGCAUUUUGGAGGGGUUGGCAGCCGGCGCAGAGGGCACUCUCAGCGGAAAUUCAAAGAGGGACCUCAAAAGCAACCUCCAGAGUUUAGUCGACGAGCGCGAAAACGAUGUCCAAGGCCUCACCACGGUAUCACCUCUGGUCACGCUGUUCACAAGUAGAGGACCCCACGGUCGAUGA